AAGAAAAAGAAAAAAGAAGAAGACUUUAUUGAAUUAGAAAUAAGAAAUCACAGACUGUUCUCCUACAAGAAAGAAAGAAACCCAGUGGUUGAAAUAAGGAGUUAUGUAGGUGUGUGACUCGCCAUGUUGCAUUACUGCCGCUGCUCAAAUAUGCAUCGUAUUUUAAAAUUAUAAGAAAAGGCAGCCACAUGGGGCUCCUCCCCUGCUAGAAAGAAACCAGCGGGCCUUGGUUGUUCCGCUAAACGCGGUUGGGAGUGUUUGUGGUGGCCAUGGCUGCUUGCAAGACCCGGACAAGCAGCUUCUCUCGCAAUUUUUCGGCCAUUUCAUCUUCUCAAACUCCUAGUCUUAAACAUGGUCCUAAUGGAACGACCUUCAUCUCGUCCGGAAUACCAGACCUUGAUAAGAUUUUAGGUGGUGGGUUUCCUUUAGGAAGCCUAGUUAUGGUGAUGGAAGAUGCAGAAGCACCUCAUCAUAUGCUUUUAUUGAGAAAUUUUAUGUCUCAAGGACUUGUCCACAACCAACCUCUUCUCUAUGCUAGUCCCUCUAAAGACCCUAGAGGAUUUCUGGGUACUUUACCUAGCCCAGGAUCUUCCAAAGACAAUAUGUCUAGCAAGCGUGAGUCUGAACAGGAGAAAGGAUUGAGGAUAGCUUGGCAGUACAAAAAGUAUUUUGAUGAAAAUCAGCAUAAUUUAGAUAGUGAUAGGGAUAGUAAGCAAGAGUUUUGCAAUGAAUUUGACUUACGGAAACCCAUGGAGAGACAAUUUUUAAGUGGAAAGCAGAUAGAUUGUGUCAGCACUCAAGAUGCACCGAAUCUAGUUGCGCUUCAAGAUCACUGUGCCACAUUCUUAUCUCAAUUUUCAAGAAACGAUGGUAGUGUUCCCCUUGCGGGUCGCAUUGCAGUUCAGUCAUUUUGCGCUCCACAAUGUGUAUAUUCCACCAUGGAAUGGGACAUGCUUUCCUUUAUUAGAUCUUUAAAAGGGAUGGUGCGGUCUUCAAAUGCAGUUGCUGUCGUGACCUUUCCAUCAACUCUUCUUUCAUUAUGUACCUCUAAACGGUUGCAGCACAUGGCAGACACCUUGCUGUCUGUUAAGGCAAUUCCAGAUGAAGACAAGGAAUUGGCAAAGCUUCUCACUGGUUACCAAGACAUGGUUGGCCUGCUUAAUGUGCACAAAGUAGCUCGUUUUAAUACACAGGUUCCAGUGAUUCUUGAGGCAACCACAUUCUCGAUAAAGUUGCAGAAGCGAAGGUAUUUGGUUUUGGAAUGUCUGAAUCAAGCUCCUAUUGAUGGUUCGAGUGGGGCUUCAUAUGGCUCUUCUGGUAGUUGUUCUGGGUCCUCUAAGACUGGAAGUCUUGAUUUCUAGGUUCUAGCUUAAACUAAGUCAUCCAAUUUAUUACCUCAUGAUAUCCUCAAGUGCUGCAUUGUUCUUUAAGUUUAUUUUGUUUCAUAAAUGGUUUAUUUUUUAGAAUAUCAUGGUGCGGUGGUAACGGUGCCCUGUGCUAUAAAGUUUAGAACUACUUUUGGUGAACAGAAGUUGACAAAACAAAACAGGCUCAUCAUACACGUUACAUAUUUACAUAA